UCUCAGCGCUUCCUGCUUCGUCACAGCUGCAAGGAGCUGUAGUCGCGCGGUUCUCCUAGCUGGCCUGCUCGUGGACCCGGGGGGAACAGAAUUAAUAACAAAAAUAUCUGCAAGAUAACUACAGCGACAGCUCGCCGAAACACUACCAGAAGCGCGGGGACAUGGCCAGGCAAGACCAGGUGCUGCUGCUGGAACCGCAACACGAACUGAAAUUCCGGGGGCCGUUUACGGACGUGGUGACCACCACGCUGAAGCUGAGCAACCCCACGGACCGCAAUGUGUGCUUCAAGGUGAAGACCACCGCCCCGCGCCGCUACUGCGUCCGGCCCAACAGCGGCGUCAUCGACUCCGGGACCUCCAUCAACGUGUCCGUAAUGCUGCAGCCCUUUGACUACGACCCCAAUGAGAAGAGCAAACACAAGUUCAUGGUGCAGUCCCUGCUGGCUCCGCCCGAGAUGACCGACAUGGAGGUGGUGUGGAAAGAUGCGAAACCGGAGGAGCUGAUGGACUCGAAGCUGCGCUGUGUCUUUGUGAUGCCGCUGGAGAACGAUAAUAUGCACGACGCGGAGCCCAAAGUCUCCUCCUCCUCCUCCUCCACCCUGAAGUCGGAGUCGUCAGCCCUGCCCAAGUCGGCCAGCGCUGCGCUGGACGACACGGAGGUGAAGAAGAUCAUGGAGGAGAGCAGGAGGCUGCAGCAGGAGGUGCAGAGACUACGCCAGGAGAACAAACAGAUGAGGGAAGACGACGGUCUGCGGAUGAGGAAGAACACGGCCAUGUCAGCCCCUCAGCCCUCCUCCUCUUCCUCAGGGGUUGGGCUGAAGGAGGAAGGCGCUAGCACUCGCCUCCUGGCUCUCUCUGUCCUGUUCUUCGUCAUCGGAGUCAUCAUCGGGAAGCUGCUGCUGUAAGAGACCAAUGGGCUGAGGCCUGCUCUCUGGAUGAAAUGGAAACGUACACAUAGCGAUGAUGAUGAUGAUGAUGACGAUGGAUUAAGAAUCUUAAUCAGAAUGGCAUAUCGUACGGAUUGAGUUUAAAAGGUGAAAUUGUGUAAAAAUAUUAAAAAAAUGAAAAGAUGAUAGUACAUCAUAUAAUGAAAAAGGAAAAAAAAGAAAAACAAGCCACAGGUCUUGCCUUUUAACUGUUAUAACCCCAUUUGCCCCGCCCCCUCAGCGCCCUUGACCAAUCAGGGCUCAGGUUUGGAGGGGGGUGGGGCGGAAUAGACACACCUGUACAGUGUAAUAAUCUGUGAGAUCUAGCUGCUCCAAUCAGGCUUUCCUAACAGCUGGGGGAAAGAGAGGGUCAUGUGACACCUAGCGUUUAAGUGGCGUCCUGUGAAUGACCUUUUGAUGAUUGCUGUUGUCAUGGCCACGGGGUAGGUGGGGGUGGGGCUGACUGAUGGUGAGGGGGUGGAGCUGUAUGAUAUCCCCACCCUGCAUGGGGAGGGGCCGACUGUACAAACUGGUUAUGUUCUGUUCUGGGUUUUUGUUUUUCCAAACAAUGAGGGGGCGGGGGAAACCCUCUUCCUUUAAAAAACCUGCUUUAAACAUUGUGAUAACUCAGCUUUUAGGACUUACUGCAUAAUUGCACAACUCCGUCAUUUAAUUAUUUGCCCCCCCCCCAACCUUGCUCGCCCCCUAGUUUGCACACAGGGAUCUGUACGACUGCAUGGAAGUGUCCAGGCCCCGAAGGGGCUCAAGCCUGUAAAGUAUCAAACAAACCAUUUCCCGAAACGAGCCUUGUGUCCUGCGUCCUGUGUCUGCAGGCGUUUGUUGUUUAUGAGAAGAGUGAAAAAACUGCAAAGGUGUUUUGGGUCGACUUUGUGACACAUUAGCAGCUCCGCCCUGAUUGGUCGAAAUCGCUUAGAGGCCACUCCCAUUAUGAAACACCCCUCCCAAAACGAGGCGAGACCAUUUAGAAACGUUCUUCCAAGAGAGAUUAAACGGUGGUGAGAUCAAAGUCCUCCAGACCUUUGAGAUGUCAGUCAGGUGGCGGUGAUUCUGCGCUCCUGAGUUUAAGAGACGAACCGUCUGGUUCUGGGACCGCCAGCAGUAGAAGGUUCUCACGUGCACAUGGUGUCUCAACUCCUGUAUCAAUCAGACUGAUGUCAGCUGUGUUCAUUUUGACCCGACUCAUCAUUAUAGCCAUUAACCUUCUGUCAUUAUGAACAUUGUAAUGCACUAUGUACAAAUCAAGUUUCCUCUCAAACAGUACCCUCGUGUAUAGAGGUAUGGACAUAUUCUGGGUAGCUUAGACUUCUGUGUGUGUGUGUAUGUGUGAGAGAUUAUCAGCAACAAAAAUAUUAAUAAACCUGUCUUCUUUAAAAAACAAAAAAAGGACCAUUCUGUGUCUAGAUAUUUAGGAUAAGGGUGUUUUCCUGAUUGUAAAAAUCUUGUUUGAGUUCUGAUACUCUGAAAAACACACUUCCUGUUUUCUGCACAUUAUAGAAUAGAUACAUCUAACCAGCAGGUGUGUGGAGCACUUACAUCAGUGCUGCCCAAUCACAUGCCACGGAGGGGUAAGAGUGCGGGUUUCAUUCCAACCAAUCACUGCCCCUGCUGAGUUCACUAAAUAACGCACUUCAACCAGACAGGAGGGCACUAAUUAGUGAACGCAGAAGAUGCAGUGAUUGGUUGGAAUGAAAACCUGCAUACCCUCGGCCCUCCAUGGCACAUGAUUGCACACGACAGGUUUAGGUCAUUUUAACACAACCAACAAUACAGGUGAAGUUUACCUGCAGCGAGGGGUGUGGUCUCAGGUGAGGGGUGUCCACAGCGAGGGAAAGAUUCCUUGGGGGGGGGUUCAGACACUAAAGACCGACACUAUGGCGUUGCCCACCACCAUCAGCCUAACUGUUUCUAUGUAAAUAAAACAGCAUAAGAAAUGAAUAUCUGUAGAAAAAAAACAAACACCAGUCUAUGGCAACAAUGUUGGGACUGCAUAGCAACUUACUACAUUCAAUAAAUAACACCCCAACCUCC